UAAAUACUAAUUAAUUAUUAAACGAAAUUGCAUUCCACGUUUAUCUUUCGUUUUUGACAAAUUGUAGGUACAAGUUUGAUGAAAACAUGAUGUAUAUGUUCGUAUUUGGAAUACAAAUUCUUAUUUUCAUAUAUUAUCUUUUAUACAUAUAUAUAUAGAUGUCUGUUUACUUCUUAUUAUUUCACGGAUGUGAACGGUUUGUCAUUUGAUUAGUAAACAACUGAUCGUCUUGGCAAUCGCGGUUGGAUAUGUUGGGAGACAAGAUAUUUAUUAAAAGCGUUGCACAUCGAUUUUCGAAGAUCUCACAUUUUGGGGAGGUGAACAGAGUAUGUCAGUUUUGCAAAAAGACAUUUUGUUGCAUGAAGUGUCGCGAUCGUCAUGUAGACAAAGCGCAUCCCGAUGUGAAUGUCAAUUGUUCACUGUGCGCUUCUAAGAUACUGCCGAUACGACAGUAUGAGUCCGCAAAACUGAAUUUGAAGGAUGAGAAAUUGUUGUGCCAUAUAGUGGACAAACAUCUGCCGUUACAUUGCCGACUGUGCGGUGAUUUAUUUGAAUCUAAAGAAGAUUUUAAAUCCAUUGCUGCGUGCAAGUGGUUUGAACGCUGGCAUUGUUUGACAUCGCCGAACAAUCACGAGCUUCUCCAGAAGAAACCGAAGUGUUCUAGCGGAAGCGACUACAACGGUAGCAGGUUUUCCACACCGCCGGAAAUUUAUCGGAAGACCAGCACACCGAUGUUCGUCGGGCAGAAGGUCGAUUUCGAGACGCUCUGCGUGCCGGAUUUUAGCCUGAAAACGCCGCCGAUCAUACAGAGUGACGUGAUCUCGAAGAGCAAUAAUCAGGACACGCAGUUCUUCAGCUUCUUGCAGAACAUCUCAAACGGAGAAACAACGCCCUUUAGGACUGCUAAGAACGAACAGUUUUCUAGAACUAACUCGGGCAGGAAGUUGAACAUUAUGAAGGAGCAGAAGGAGACCACGGAUAACGAAACCGAGAAGAUAACUGCGAAUGCAAACAAGGUGUCGUCUUCAGAUAUGAACUUGACGAUGCCUACAGAAAACAUUCUGCAGGACUCACCGAAAUUAGAUGACAUCCGUGAAAACGUCAUGAAGAAGGUGAGGUUCUCCGAUCAUUACGAAACCGCCGUGGGGAUCGAAGAUCUGAUAGAGUCCUAUAUGCGGGAUAUUCUGAAUACAUCAACGGAGGAAGAGGGAGAUGCUCAUGAUGUAACAAAUGCGCAAAAAGCAAACACUACGAAAAAUAUGAAAGACACAAAAGACACAGUGGAUACAAAGAUCACAGAAGACACGAAAGUCGUGAAAGAUACAAAAUGCUCUUUAAUAAGAAAGAAGUUUUUAAACGAUUCGCCCAUUGAAGUCAUCCAAAAUAAUGCGAAGAGCAUAGAAAAGGAAAAGUGCAAUCCUAAAGAAAGCAAUAUUAGCUUAUCAACUGUAAAUCAAGGAGAUUCUAACACAGUGGUAAUGGUGAUGCUAAUGCAAAGCAACUCGAAAGGAUUGACCAGUGAUCUGAUGCCUCUGAUUAGUUCAGGUUUGAAGAAGAUGCAGGAGCAGCUGUCAGUGAAUGGUCAAUCAUCUUCGAAUACGAUUGAGCCUUCGAGUACCCCUAAUUUGUGCAGAAAGUCUAUUACAAAAAUGAAAAUGAGUGUCUCGAGUGUCAAGAGCUAUUCUCCGAGCAGCGCAAUGAUGACGAAUUCAAGACAGAUCGCGUCGUCCAUACAAAACAGAGAAAAUACUAACAGUGGUGGAUUUCUGUCAAUCAUCGCGCAUGCUAUGAAGCACGCAUUAAGAAAUUUCUCUGUUUCGAGCUUUAGAAUUCCAACAAUGAGCAUUAAGACAGCCAAAGAAAUUCGACAACAAGAAACUAUCGAGGAAUUUUCGCAAGAAUCAUUCAGUGACGUCAACAACAGUCAAGUUCGUCCUGGCAAACGGGCCCGAGAGGUCACGGAAGCAUCCUCGAAGGAAGAAUUGAUCGCACUGGACAUCAGAAGCCCCCUCGCGAAACGUCAAAGGGGAUGGUAUAAUAUGAUCCGAGGACGUCAGCCGAUCAGCAGGAUGCGAAACAGCCGUGUGACAACUUCACCUAGAGGAAUAUCCGCGGAAACGCAGGUUUUCAGUCAAGGAUCUUUGACGGUGGGAGACACAGUCUUGCCACUUCCUGCGAGAGCACAUCAGUUGACAUAAACAGAGCGAUAAAAUAUUUAUUCUUAUUCAUAACAAAAAUAUUA